CCCUGUGUGACGCACGGCGUUUCACACCUGUUCAGGUAAAGCGGAGUUGCUGGAAUGUGCGAUAUCUACUGAUCUAGGACAAGAAGGAGAUAAAGCAAAGUAAGUAGUGUAGCAUAAAUCAUUUUCAAUUCCUGAGUAUUUUUUGUUCAAAAAUUUGUCAAACAUUGGAAUCUGAUGGAGCAUGGUCGUCAAUGCAAUAAUCAAGCAAAUGACAGGCGAGGAUACGGUUUUCAUGUAUUUGUAUAGCCUGUAGGUUACGUGCAGGGUUGAACAAUGAGGGAGGGGGCACAAUUAGUCAUGAGGCGCUGUUUCAAGGAGGGUCACUCUGAGCUUCCUCCAGGUGAUUUCAAUUUAAGAUAGUUAGAUAAAUUAAUAUAGUCGGUUAAAAAGCUCUACAGAGCUUGUGUUUGACAUGUUGAAUGUAUAUAGUGCCGACUUUAAAUAAAAUUUACUUUACUUAAAUGGGGGGUGGGGGUGGCAAACUAUUUUUUGUAACACUGUUGUUGUUGUUGAAUUCUUUGGUAGUGUUUCAGCUGUGUCUUUAAGUUUAGGAUUUGAUUUGAUAUGAGGUUUGUUACCAAUUUCAGAGAGAUAUAUGUGGUUUGAUGAUGGCUGGGACAAUGAUCGAGUUCCCUAGCUAUUUAUAAAGGAUUUUUUCCUCCUUUCUGAAUACGAAUGAUUGUACUUUCCUGAUCUGUAGCCAAGUUUCUAUUAAUAAAAAAAGCGUGCUCCUCUUGGCUAAAUAAGUUCUAUAUUUAAAUUAUUUUGAUAACACAUUUUGUGUAAGGGCCCCAUGUGAUGACAUGUACUGUAUUGCAAUGUGGAAACUAUCUACUAGGCUUUUCUCUUACAUUGUUGUGUGCAACAACAUCAUGGACAUAGGCUGUGGUGUCAUAUAGGACUUUAUUGCAUAUCAUUAAUGUAUGUAUGCCAUAUAAGUCUUCUAAUAAAGUGAUCCCUAGGAGAGGAUUCUAGGAGAAAAUUGUAGAAGUUUAUAGCUGAGGUCAGAGGAUAUAACAUUUAAUGGCAUUGUUGAUUAUUGUCCUUCUUUUCCAGUUGGUUGAAAUCUUGUAAUUUCAAAUGGUCAGUUGUCGAUUUUGUUGAUUAUGAAAGACACGAUGAUUGAAUAGAAGGCAAACAUGAGAGGACACAGUCUUGUAAGUCAUUUGUAAUGUGGCACAGGAAGUGAAGCGGACCUAGCACAGCCCCUUUGCGCACACCAAAUAUAACGGGUACUUAUUGUAUAUAUGUAUAUGAAAGGGUGCAUGGACAAUGAUGAUAAAUUUUAAUUGAAAAUCGAUUAGUUUAGCUAAUGAUUUUGAUGAUCGAUUACGACUUGAUCAUAAUCAACAAUAAUUGGAAAACACUAUAAUGACUUGAUUCAUCUUAUUUGAUGAAUGAUAUAUAUAUAUAUAUAUAAACUUAACAACUGGUGACAUAGGUCAUUGAAAGUCGGAGAAAGUAUACAAGAUGCUAAGUAUUGAAGAGUUUGUUGUGAACCUUUGUUUUGAAUUAACAUUUUAAUUCUGACUGUACUGAUACAGUGUCUUGUUUUAGCUGUGCAGGUAAUAGCUUUAUCGCUUCUAUGCUCUAUAGUUUUGAGAAAGUUAAAUAGCUUCCAUUAUAUUUCAUUAGGCAUGUUUUUUAUACUGUGUAUUUCUAAGUACUGGUGAUGCAGUCGUCCCUUUUCAUGUUGCAACACUGUUAAAAAGAGACCAAGGUUUGCACAGCUGUGUGAAGACAACAAGAACAUUUAUUAUGCUAGUUGUUUAUAAAUUUUGGAGCAGAUUGUCUAGAAAUGUUCUUUAAUUGUUGAUUUGACAUGCUCCAAAAACAGCAUAGCUAAUGAGCCUUAGUAUAUUGUACUAGAAAAAUGUUUACCAUUGCAUGGCUUUCAGCAGCAUGUUAAUAAAACACAUGGAGAACAAUUACCAGUUACAGCUUAUUUAUGAUAUCGUUAUGGCAAUAUUUGAAACAAAAACACAUGUUUUAUAGCAAAGUCAACAGGGGGGAAAAUUGGUGUAACACUUAUCUAAAAAAGCAGUUCUUUUGUUGAUUUUGAUUACAUGUUAUCAAAUUUAACAGACCCCCUGGGACAUAUCACCUGAUUACCUGUCCAUUAAUUUCCAUGGACACAUUAUGGACAUGUAAAGCAAGUAGGGAAAAAAAUUCUGUACUGAUAAAAAGAUCAAUGUUUAAUUAAUGAGCUUCUUGAUUUCUCUAUGAGUUAUCAGGAUCCAUGAAAAAUUGAUAACUUCAGGUGUUUUCGUUAAAUAUGUGUUGGUUCUGAAAUGACACUAAUCGUGCUGAUGGUUUUUUUUCUUGGUAAUGUAAAUCAGUGAAUUCACAGAACUUAUUGAACAAACAUUUUUAAUUUAGCAAUUAAAUGAUACUCAAGAAAAAAUACUUUAUAAAACAUUCUUAGUUAUAUGUCAUUUCGCUGACUAGAAGGAAUUUAUUUCCAUUUAAAAUAGCAUGUGACCCUAGCUAUAUUUCAUAUUUAUACCAGACUGUGCUUACAUUCAUUUGCAUAGAAUGAAAUUUUUUAUCACCUCAUGUGACUUCUGAGAAAGAGAAAGUUGUAACCUAAAGUAUACCAGUGCAUAUAUACACACACAAUUCAUGUAACAGUUGUGUUGGCUACAUGUAGCUGGAAAUACCGAUCAAGGUCUGUAUAUCAUUGCUCAUCUUUUUGUGAAACUAGUGACGGAAUUUCACGGAAGAGAUUUUAAAAGUAUAAAUGGUUGCGUUUUGUUGGUUAAGAGUUCUACUUUAAACAACUGUCGGCGAGGCUGCUUAAAUGAGAUUAUGAAUGUUUGUAAAAUGAUCUGAUGGGAUUUUAAAGUUUACAUAAAAACCCAGAAUUUUUUAAAUAGAAGGUAAGAUAGCUGCAUGAUGAAUACAUGUUGAUGUUAUACUGUCAGAUUUUGGCUGGUGCAGUGUCAUCACUGGAUCAUGUAUUUCCUCCUCUCUGAGGGGUUAUCCUUGUAGAAACCCGGCAUUAAUUGCCAAUUUGGCUGAUUAUAUACUUCAAGUUCAAUCAGCUAAUGUGAUUAUUCUGAACAUCACUCAUCUAUGACCUCCUAGGCUCUGAAUGAUCUUUAGUCAAAAGAGACAGAAAAGUUCCAGGAGAGUUCCUGAAUCCUUAAUUAUAGCAGUAGACAGGGCUGUAGAGCACCCUUCUGUUCAAAUUGGUAAGAUCAGAAUCUUCAUAGAUCCAUCGAUCAAUGGAGGAUAGGGCUUAAUUUGAGGUUAGCCUCCCUGACUGGUUUUGUUGAUUAACUUGCUUGUUAUAAUUAGAACUGCACACACCUGUCUGGUGAGCAGAGAAAAUCUAAAUUUAAUCUUAAAUAUUAUGUGAAGGAUGGUUUUGAAUUGAAGUCUUUAAUUUUUAAUUUUUUUUUACAAGGGGUGGUAGUAAUGAACAUUAAUUUGACAUCAGUAUUUUAAAACAGCAUGCAACAGUGGACCAAACUUCGUGAUCAAACUUUAUUUUAAAAUUUAAAUGUGAUGUAAACUUGCUGAGAUAGAACAGUGUUAUAUAUGUUUUUAAGGAAGCUAGUGGUUUGAAGAUCAGGGUUAUGUAUUUUUAUGUUAAGUGUUUUUAAGCUCAGGAGUAUAUCUUAAUUUCUAAGAAACUUUUUAUUAAGGAGGUAUGCUACACCAGAGAAAUUUGAUGUAGAUGAAAAGUGGAGGAUAUGUACAACAAUAUUUUGAAGUUGAAAAUUUUCAAAUUUACUUUAUUUUGUCAAAAAGGACAGUUUUAGUAGAAGGUAAUCUGAAAAAAAUUUAAAACCCCUGCUGGACUCGAACCUUCAACAUACAGUUCAGCAGUCGGUAUUCAAACCUACUGAGCUACUCGGCUAGGUAUUUAAAUAGAAAAGGAAAAGACAAAUAUUGCUGAUAUCGAUUUUUUCAUCCAUGUUUUUAAAGGAAGUCAGCCAUUAUGACGAUGUAGAGUACUACCUUAAGUUUAGAACCCAGUGAAAGUUUGAGAAGUGUCUGCUCUGUAUUAUAACUAUAACACACUCGCAGUAAUCAAUCAGCAUAACAAAAGGUGCAUAAUUAUAGAGAAAGAAAGAAAAAGAAAUGUCAUCAGAGACGAAAUACAUACAAAGAGAAUAUGUAUAAAUGGUGUAAUGAUUUGCCAAUAAUAGCUGUUAUUUUAAAAGUGCAGCAAUCAGAAUAAACUGUUCCAUAUAUCACAGAUAUCAAUGUUUCCCCCUAUAUUUUGUAAACAAAAACCAGAGCAUGCUCGUUGGGAUGCAGAUAAUGAAAAACAAUCAUGAAAAUAGCUAGCAGCUCAAAAUGCUUGCAUGAUAAUGGUGACAUAUCAUGCCAGAGCUGGCCUUGAAAAGAUUUUUUAUAUGAAAUGAUCUCUUAAAUAGUGCACAGAUUGAACAUUUUCUAAUAUAUUGCUAUAGUGCAUCAGUGAAAGAUAUGUAUAUGGCUUUUAUUAUAAGCAUAACAUUGUACCUAUAACAGAUCAAUAUAAGUAUAUUUAGGACUUGUAUUUACAUCAAAUGGAAAACUGAAGUUUGCUUCUGAACAACUUUAAGAAUGUGCUAAAAAGGCAUAUUAUGCAUUGAAAUCAAAGUAUACCUGGAAACAACACAAUCUUUCAGUCCAAGUUUUGCUCAAAUUACACCAAUUAUAACAUAUGGAUCUGAAAUAUGGAUUACAGACUAUAAAUUAGAUUAAUUCCUCAGAAUGUUUUCCAUUUGAAAAAAAAAACCUCACAAAAUCAUAUUCUCAAAGAUAUUGAUUGAUUGAUGUUUUUCCGCCACACUCAACAAUUUUUCAGUUAUCUGGUGGCGCCCAGUUUUUAUUGGUGGAAGAGAGAACCCAGAUACAAUGUACCUGGGAAGAGACCACCGACCUUCCGAAAGUAAACUGGGAAACUUUCUCACUUACUGGCGCAAGCGAGAUUUGAACCCGCGCCGACAGAGGUGAGAGGCCGUGUGAUUUUGAGCAUGAUGCUCUAACCACUCAGCCAUGGAGGCCAAAUCAAAGAUAUUUUAGGUGUACAUAGAAAAGCAUCAAAUUUAGCAGUCAAUGCUGAAUUGGGUUCUUAUCCACUCUACUAAUGUUAUGAAAACAUGUUUAAAUAUUAUAUGAGAUUAUGAGAUAUGAAAUCAAGUACCACAUAAAAUAAUGUGCUCUUAGUAUCAGCUCUUAAAGAAGACAAUUAAAGAAUUAGCUUUGAAAAAGAGCUAUAAUCCAUGGCAAAGCAAGAUUUUCAAUCUUCAACAUAGAUUUAACUUGACUUCUUUAAAUAUUUCUCAUAAGGAGUUUAGAUGUAAGCUUUAAUAAAACUUUUGCUAACAUGACCUUUGAACAAAAUCUCAUGAUCAAAUUCAGGAAAACUUUAUUUCUAUAGUAAAAUCAUAAAUUGUAAUGAAUAUAAAUUGCAGGAUUACUUAAAGUUUCCUUGUGUGAAAGAUCACAGCUUACAAAAUUAAGAAUAAGUGCACAUUCACUAUUUAUUGAAACAGGCAGAUAUUGUAAACCAAUAAUCCUGAAGGAAAAACGUAUAUGCUAUGCUUGUAAAUUAUUUGUUGAAAACGAAAAACAUUUUGUUCUUUACUGUCCUGUGUAUGACAAACUUUGAUUUCAAUAUUAUGAUACUUUCGUGAUGAAUUAUACUGUGGUACUGAUCCCAUUAAAGAAAUUUGAUUAUAAUAUUACAAAACGUUUGUGUAACUAUUUAGAUAGAUGCUUUAUGCAGAGAAAAGAAAUUCAUGGACUCUUAAGAAGCGUAUGAAUAUGUCUUAUACAUAUGCUAUAGUCAUUGUGCCAUAAUUUUUUUCCUUUUCUUUUUGUUUAAUAUGUCAUUUGUUUUGUAUUUUGACUGUAAUGCCAACAUGGUGAUGUCAAUAAAUAAAUUGAAAUAUGUAAAUUUGAUCUCCUGUUGCAUAUUGUAUAUUAUGUUAGUUUCUUUUCCCUAGAGUCAGCAGUUUUAAUCAUGACCAUUGAUACCUUUAAGUUCAAGCUGUGAAUGGUGCAGAUUUCUAAGCUAUUAAGAAUUCAAGUAUAUAUUGCAUGUCUCAUCAUAUAAUCCUAUUGUAAGUUUUUACUCAUCAAAAAUUAAUGUAGAAUCAUUAAGGUUACUAUAAGCAGCUUAAGAGGGGUCAUUAUAUUUUACACGUCAGUAUCAGUGACUGUGUUUUAGAUUAGAUGACAAAUAGGUAUAUGCCUUAUUUGGCAGGGCUAUAUGUGUGAAGUAUUUUAUUGAUGUUUACCCUGAUUAACCCACACAGACCUUUACUGUAGAAGAGCACUGGCCUUUAUUUUCAUGACAUAACAAUGGUUGUAAUCAGAAGUGUUGGUCAUACUAGAGGGAUUUAGGACUUGUUUAUUAUACACCCAAUAACCUUCUCCACUGGUGUGUCUGUUGAUUCAGCCAAGCUUAUUACCAUAAACACACCUGACGCUGGAAAGGCAAGUUAGGACCCAGGUUAUUUUAAACUUCUGUUACAGGUGUAUGUGUGUGUCUUUUGCGUGUGACACAUUUUUAGAUGUGUCUGACCGUUUAUUUGAAUUGAAUUUUAAACUAACCUUCCUUCCGGUGAUUCAUUCAAGGCUUGGGUUAAGGUGCAUAUUGUCACAAAGGAAGCGAAAGAAGGGAAAAGUCUACAGUAAUAGUUGAAGUGAAGAAGAAAGGCCUAGUAUCUGUACACUUUGUGCCAACGUCCAAGUGAAAAAUACGACUUUAUACUGCCAAAGAAAAAAGUACCACCUGUAGUCAUACUGCCAGGAGAAAGCCCGAGUGAUGAACUGGAAACUUAGUUUUCUUCUGCUUUUAUCAGCAUUCAUCUGCAUCAUAAAAUGUCAAGAUGAUCAGAUGCCACCUAAAAUGACCAGUACUUUCAACAAUGUUUAUUACUUUCCACGGGAUUCUAUUCUUACUAAUGCAAGGAUUGAGUGUAAGGCACAGAAUGGACAAAUUGAAUACAAAUGGAAAAAAAAUGGAGAAGAUGUUCAGAACAGCCAGUAUGUGUCAGUGGAUAAAUCCACAGGGACGCUGAAAUUCAUCCAGAUGCAGACCUCCGAUUACGGAACCUAUCAAUGCUUUGCUAAAAAUGAUUUUGGGACCUCACUUUCCAAACCCUUUAAAGUGGAAGAGUCCAGAAUGGGAUCUUUUCCUUCUAGCGAUAUAAAAGAUUACCCAUGUAAGGAGUUCGAACAUUGUAAAAUCCCAUGCCGCGACAAACCAAAGUGUGUUCCGAAUACGGAGUGCAGAGUGGAGUGGAAGAUAGGAGAAGGAACAAAAACCAAUGUGGAAAUGACGAACCGGGUGGGAGUGGAUGGAGAUGGAGAUCUUCAUUUCCUAUGGUCGGAUACCAAUGAUUGGAUUGGUUUGCAGUACAGAUGUGGAAUAUGGCAAGAACAGCUGAAGAUGUUGGUUGUGGGCAGUCAAACUCGUCUUAAUAUCAUCUCCGCAUCUGAAGUUCCACAACUGGGUCCCAUUUCCGUCUAUAAAUCUAAUGGCAAGGCCCUAUACAGAGGAGUGGGAGUGCUGAGAUGCAUGUUUUCAGGAUAUCCAGCACCAGACAUUGAAUGGGUCUCUCCUGAUAAACAAGUCAUCAAGAAUUCUUUUAAAUAUGAAAUCAGCGACUAUGGCAGAAUCUUGAAGAUCAAGGAUGCAGAGCAAACAGAUGAAGGAUUUUACCUUUGUAAUGGAAAAGGGAAAACUGAAUCCAGCCAACGCGUAUUCCUAAAUGUAACUUACUCUCCAAUCCUCAAUCCAAACUCUGUACAUCCCCAGAUGAAUGAUAUAUAUGUGCCGGAGGGAAAGGCAGCUAAGUUUUUUUGUGAAGCUGUGUCUUUGCCUGGAGAAAAUGACCCAAGCCUGCCAACAUGGAAGAAAAAUGGAGCUGACUUAUCGAUAGAUGGAAAUAAGUACAUCUUAAGUAACAACAAUGAAGUGUUGACUGUGACCAAUGUACAAAAGGGCAGUGAUUCUGGUGCUUUCCAAUGCAUGUCUGAAAACAGUGAAGGUGUCCUAUUCAAGGAGGCAUUGCUGAAAGUUAUAGAUCCAAUUAAAAUCAUUGAGAGGCCGCUUGGAAACUACAAGUUAAUGCCGGGCGACAUGCUGAGUUUGGGGAUUAUAGCAUCUAGUGAACCGUCUUUGUCUUUACGUUACAAGUGGCUCUUCAUCAAUCAUGAAGGCAAAGAGGAAGUAGUGAAAGACAAUGCCUAUUGGAAGAUUUCUAGGCCACAGUUCAACAAUUUGACCAUAGACGUUAGCCAGGUUUCAGAUCCUGGUGUGGUGCUAUCCUUGACAGGGCAGUAUGUGGUGGAAAUCUUCCACAAUUAUGACAUGGAGAAAAUCAAUGUAACAGUGGAAACGGAAAUCAUAUCAACAAUUGCUCCAAGAAGCCCCAUCGUUCAACAAGCCAACCUGAAUUUCCUCAUCUAUAUAGCUGUCGCUGUGGUAUUCCUCAUCGUGGUCAUCAUAAUUGUCUUCUGCCUGGUUCGCAGAAACCAGGGAGGGGUCUAUUCUGUGGACAAAAAAGAAGUAGCUGCCGGUCAUGACCCCGAAAAAGAGCUGCUGGAGAGUGGUUUCCAGGAUCUGUCAAGGGCGGAUGAUGACAGAAGUCCAAACUACCCAGUUUACGACUAUGAAGAUGAGAAACACAUCGAUGACGAUGAUGACAGUCUCGGAGAGUACGAGGGAGAUCUGGAGCUGAACAAAUUCAAUGAAGAUGGCUCCUUCAUCGGAUUGUACGCCAACAAAAAGGACAAAAAAACACCCAAGUCGGAGUCUGACGUGUAAACUCGAAAAACAGUAUUAAUACCUUAUUGCCACUGAGAGAAUGUUAACACCAGGGGAAAAUACCAACUGAAAAAAGGCUUAUUAAUAAUAUUUUGUGUUGCAUUAUUCCUAAUUGCGCUUCUUAUGUAUAUGUCCAAGUACAGUUGUAGGUGUGAAUUGUAGUGAUUUUUUUUAUGUGCAUUUAUGUUUUAAUUGUAUUUUAAUCAAAGUUCCUCUUGAAAGAAAUAGCAUUCCAUAUAUCACUUAAAAUUUUAAAAUUAGUAAUGCAUUAUGAAUAUCAAAGCAUGCUUUUCAGUUAUCUUUCAAUUAUGAAACAAUUGCUUUGCAGUUUUGCAAAUUUAUUUAUCUUAAAGUAACAUUCCAUACACGCGUAGCUGUGGCAUAGCCACUAUUAAAGAUUGUAACGAUUUUAAUGAUUAUAGACUCUUUUAAAGAUUAUGAAAAUUGCAACAAUUUUAUAGAUCGUUUGUAUGUAAGGCGAUCAAUCAUUUUGAUUAGAGAUUCAAGUGUGUACGUUUGGUUUGCUUCAGUUCAGCUUUGUUAAUCGUUAGUGUAAUAAUUCCUCUAACAUAAAGCAUAUGACAUCAUAGUUAGUAACCGUAGCAUAUCUAUGUACUCUUGUUGGUCUAAUGUGUUUAGUACACGUACUGUAUACUAAUCUUUCAAUAAUAGUUUACCGAAGUAGUCAUUUCUUUCAACUGAAUAAUGCUUAAGAUUUUUAAAAGACUUAUUUUUUUGUCCUCAAAAUAAAAACAAAAAAUUGAUAGGCAAGAUGAAAAAGGAGAGAAUUUGUGAGGAUUUUUUGAGCCUGGUUGGUAUAUAUGCCCUGCGUGUAUUUUUGUGUACACGAUUUGUGAAAGGUGAUCAGCUGGGUUCAUUGUCAUCCAUUAUUGUUGAAUUAAUGCCAUCACUCUGCGUUGUGCAAUUGUUAUACACUAUAGUUUAUAUCUUGUUAUAUUUUUAUACAUGAAAAUUGUGUAUUUUUCAUCAACUCAAGUCUCAUGCUUUGUAGCAAGAGUGCCCUAGCCAGCGGACAAAUGUUUGUGAGGGGGAGGCAAAUGGAAGGGCAGACGACCACUGGACCGUGACCACUCACUCCUCCACCAGUGAGUCUUGCUGACUGGAUGGCCGUUACGAUCGUGUUUCUCUGCCUUUCCAUUCCUCCGCCGAGGCAUUUGGCCAGUUGUCUGGUUAUGCCAGGCCAGCUACUGAGGGGGAUCCCCGGUUGUCGUGACUGAAGUACCCUAACCAGUUCUUUUGCUGGUUUGCUAGGUCUGUCAGGCAACUGAGGAAACUGCAUUGCUAUGGCAACCUCUGGGGUUAUUUCUUCAUAUUUUGCUGUAAAUGUACCAAAAAUCAGGGUGUUUCUAGGUGAUUUCUUCACAUAAUAAGUAAAAAAUUGAGUUGACUGGUGGAUACGAGUUUAUUUCUUAGUUGCCUACUUACUUUGAAGGAAAAAUCACCAGUGUUGCCAUGAAUUCAGUUUUUGACUUGUUGAAAAGUGAAAUAUUUUUGUUGGAAGUUUUGUGAAUUUCAAAGGUCUUUUAAGACUGUAAACUGAAUUUCAUACAUUUUGUUUUAGAGUCCUUUUCUGUGUAACUUUCAGUGUACCGAGUACAAAAAAUAAUACUGGUGUUUAAAAUAUACUCCUUGAUCUGGUCAUUCACGAUAAUAUUGGAAGCUAUAUUAUUAAAUUUUGUGUAACAGCAUACCUGACAUUUGAAAUCUGUUUUAGACAUUUUUAAAAUUGUGCAUACAUGUAGUUCAAGAAAAGUUUCUGUUUUUAUGUUGUUUUUUUAAUAGUCAAUAAAAAUGACACUAUUACUUUUAAUUAUGGUAUUCCAUUGUCAAUAUCCAAUUCAAUUAAUUGCAUUCCAGUCCUAAUAAAGCUUAAAAUAUUCA